CCUCACUCUAAUCAAGCUGAUUAAAAAUUCCUGCGCGCGUGCAGGCGGAAAUCCACCAUCAUCAUCCUCGUUCUCCGGCACUUUUACUUUAUUUUCGCCUGCAUCCUCCUCCAGGACAGCGGGAGGACCCGAAAUCCGUCUUCAAUCGCGUCGUUUAGGAGGUUUAGAGAUGAGGAGAAGCGGCAGGCAGCGCGGAGAGGGAGGGAUGAGCCGAUGCAACUCAUAAUUUAAUGGGGACAGAGAGAGAGAGAGAGAGAGAGGGAGAGAGAGAGAGACGAAGAGAGAGAGAGACACACACACAGAAGGGAAACAGAAAGAAAAGGACCGAGCGCGAAUGUUACAAAUGUAACAAGCGGAAGAUACAAUGUCGCGCUGACGUGCGUCAGGAAUGUUCUCAUGCUCUGAUGUUUCAUUCGACGUUCGAAAGUGUAUCGCGCACUUUUAAAGCUGCUUUGGAUCCGCAUAUCGGCUCGAGAUGAGACGGCAGGUCGCCGGGGCUUCGUGCUGUUGUUUGGCCAGAUGAGAGGCGAUUCACGAGCGCUUCUGAUCCUAUAGGCUCGCGUUGUUCAAGCUCAAUGGGAUGUGUAGGGAACGCCGAUGCUUACUUUUAUUUUUUAGCGUAUUUUUGCGUACGGAACGGACGGUGGAUGUGAUGGUAAACUCUAUUGAACUCUAUAGACUUACCGGUGAUCGCAUUUAGGAUUGAUGCAUUUUUUUUUUUAAUUUUUUAUUUUUUUUUAAGUACUUUGCGCUUCGUAUCUAUGUAUUAUCCGCUGUAAUUCAUGUGAUCUUAGGCACUGGUGUGGGCGAUCUGGAAGUUUUGCAUGUUUUAGAAUAGAAUAACUGACAUAAAGCUGAAGUUUGUGCUCCUCCUGCCAAAACUUGAAGUCGCUGUUCAUCCACAGCUCUUUAUAUGCUCGUCUUAAAGUGGUGACAGCGAGCAGUGGUGCUGAGAAUCAUGGAGCAUCUCAGCGAAACAUGCCUGGGGAAGGAGAACUGUGAGAUGGUCAACAGUCUGAACGACACCAAGGCCCCUCCGGCCAAACUGGCCCGCCUGGAACAGAACGGAAGCCCGCUCGGCAGGUCUCGUCUGGGCAGCACUGGAGCUAAACUCUCCGGAGUGCCCUUCAAACCCCCUGGACAUCAUCUGAAGGCCUGCCAUAAGAGGGGUAACAUGCUGCCGGUGUUUUGUGUGGUGGAGCACUACGAGAGCCCCAUCGAGUUCGACAGCAAAGAGGAACAUGCUGAGUUCGUUCUGGUCAGGAAGGACAUGCUCUUCAACCAGCUCAUCGAGAUGGCUCUGCUCUCCCUGGGCUACUCGCACAGUUCGGCUGCGCAGGCUAAAGGUCUGAUUCAGGUGGGCAAGUGGAACCCCGUGCCUCUUUCCUACGUGACGGAUGCACCCGACGCCACAGUGGCGGACAUGUUACAGGAUGUGUACCAUGUGGUCACGCUGAAAAUCCAGCUACACAGUUGUCCUAAACUGGAAGACCUUCCUCCAGAGCAGUGGACCCACUCUACAGUAAGAAAUGCGCUCAAGGAGUUACUCAAAGACAUGAACCAGAGCUCUCUGGCAAAAGAAUGUCCCUUAUCACAGAGUAUGAUUUCUUCAAUUGUUAACAGCACUUACUAUGCAAAUGUGUCUGCGGCAAAGUGUCAAGAAUUCGGACGCUGGUAUAAACAUUUCAAGAAGACAAAAGACAUGAUAGUCGUGCGCCAGCCCUCCCAGCUGGAGGGUUACCUGGGGACGUGUGUCCUCCACGACAGUCCACGUGCCACCACGUUAGCUGAGAUGGACGGUCUGUCUGAUCUCUCUCCACCUGGAACAAACCACCUCAGCUUCAGUCAGCAGCCCAUCCCGGGCAGCACAGCCGAGCAGCCCCCGUCCCCGGUGCCCCUGUCCCACAGCAGUCAGGCCCCCGGUCGUGCCCAGCUCCCCGGCCUGCACCCCGGCCUGGUGUCCACCCCCAUCAGUCCCCAGCUGGUGAGUCAGCAGAUGGUAAUGGCUCAGAUCCUCAACCAGCAGUACGCCGUCAACCGUCUCCUGGCCCAGCAGUCCCUGAGUCAGCAGUACCUCAACCACCCGCCCGUGAACCGCGCGCUCAACAAACCGCUGGACGCGCAGGUGUCCUCCAACUCCGAGGUCUCCUCAGAGAUCUACCAGUGGGUGAGAGACGAGCUGAAGAGGGCGGGCAUCUCCCAGGCCGUGUUCGCCCGUGUGGCCUUCAACAGGACGCAGGGUCUCCUCUCAGAGAUUCUUAGAAAAGAGGAAGACCCCAAGACGGCGUCUCAGUCCCUCCUGGUCAACCUGCGAGCGAUGCAGAACUUCCUGCAGUUACCGGAAGCGGAGCGAGACCGGAUCUACCAGGACGAGAGGGAGCGCAGCUUGACCGCAGCCUCGGCUAUGGGCCCCGCGCCCCUCAUCAGCACCCCUCCCUCGCGCCCUGUACAGCCCAGAAGAGAGGAGUGUAACAAUGUGAGACCAGAAGACUGGAAUCCCAGAAUUCCAGUGGGCAUCUCUCCUGUCAAGCCCAGCCCUCUGACCUCCGAGUGGAACGGGAAAUCCGAGAGCUGCGUGUUAAACAUCAACUCCUCCAUCUACGACGAGAUCCAGCAGGAGAUGAAGAGGGCCAAAGUGUCCCAGGCCAUGUUCGCCAAGGUCGCCGCCUCAAAGAGCCAGGGCUGGCUGUGUGAACUGCUGCGCUGGAAAGAAGAUCCGUCCCCGGAGAACCGCACACUCUGGGAGAACCUUUCCAUGAUCCGCCGCUUCCUCAGUUUGUCCCAAAUGGAGCGUGAUGCUAUAUAUGAGCAGGAGAGUAACGGAGGACAGCAGCACCACACGGACAGACCGCCUCACCUGCUGCACAUGCCCACAGACCCGCUACAGACUCAUCAACAGCCUUCCUCUCAGCUCCAAGCACAGCUGCCCCUGCCGCACCCCUCGCAGCCUCCUCUAUCCCAGCAGCCCUUGCAGCAGCAACAGCAGCAGACGGGACUGCGGCUUCCCCCGCGGCAACCCUCCACGGCUUCACCCGCCGAGACCGAGGACGAGAACCGCUGCAAGAGUCGACAAGGCAACCGCAUCUCCUUGGAGGCGCUGGGCAUCCUGCAGAGCUUCAUUCAGGACGUGGGCCUGUAUCCGGACGAGGAGGCCAUCCACACGCUCUCGGCACAGCUGGACCUGCCCAAACACACCAUCAUCAAGUUCUUCCAGAACCAGCGCUUCUACAUCAACCACGCCGGCAAGCUGAAAGAGCCGCCCCUGGGUUUCCCCUCGAACAACAACAAGGACGAGGGCCUGACGGACUUCAAGGAGGGCGAGCUGCUGCCCGAGCUGGACGAGAGCGUGCAGACCAACAGCACCAUGUUCUCCAUUAAAAUCGAGGAGCACCUGGCGCCCGAAAUGCACGCCAUGAGCCAGGCCCAAACUGAGCAGGAGGCUAAAGAGUAACGGACCUCCUUCUUUCACUUCCAAUCCUCUUCUCUUUCACUCUCAUCUGUGUUCCAUGAGCGAAACUGUAAGACUUUUUACACAAGACUGAAUAAUACAGAGAUGAUUAACUUUCA